GCGAGCGGGGCCUGUGAGCUCGGCGGAGCGGCGGGCGCGGCGGCCGGCGGAGUGGGCCCGGGCUCCGCGCAGGCAGCCCGCAGAGGGCGGCGGCGGGCGAGCGGCCGGCCGGCCGGCGGGGGCGGCCUGCGGCCUAGCGUCUCAGAGCGCCUGGUGAAGAAUGUGAUGGGAUCAUUAGCAUGUCUGCAGAGAGUGGCCCUGGGACGAGAUUGAGAAAUCUACCAGUAAUGGGGGAUGGACUAGAAACCUCCCAGAUGUCUACGACGCAGGCCCAGGCCCAGCCCCAGCCAGCCAACGCAGCCAGCACCAACCCCCCACCCCCAGAGACCUCCAAUCCCAACAAGCCCAAGAGACAGACCAACCAGCUGCAGUAUUUGCUCCGAGUGGUGCUCAAGACACUAUGGAAACACCAGUUUGCGUGGCCUUUCCAGCAGCCUGUGGACGCUGUCAAGCUAAACCUCCCUGAUUACUAUAAGAUCAUUAAAACACCUAUGGAUAUGGGAACAAUAAAGAAGCGCUUGGAAAACAACUAUUACUGGAAUGCUCAGGAAUGUAUCCAGGACUUCAACACUAUGUUUACAAAUUGUUACAUCUACAACAAGCCUGGAGAUGACAUCGUCUUAAUGGCAGAAGCGUUGGAGAAGCUCUUCUUACAGAAAAUCAAUGAACUUCCCACAGAAGAAACUGAGAUCAUGAUAGUCCAGGCAAAAGGAAGAGGACGAGGGAGAAAAGAAGCAGGGACAGCAAAGCCUGGUGUAUCCACGGUACCAAAUACAACUCAAGCGUCAACUCCUCCGCAGACCCAGACUGCUCAGCAGAACCCUCCAGCUGUUCAGGCCGCGCCUCACCCCUUCCCCGUCACCCCAGACCUCAUCGUGCAGACUCCUGUCAUGACGGUGGUGCCUCCCCAGCCAUUGCAGACUCCCCCACCAGUGCCCUCCCAGCCACCACCCCCACCUGCGCCUGCCCCUCAGCCCGUCCAGAGCCACCCACCCAUCAUCACCGCCGCCCCGCAGCCUGUGAAGACAAAGAAGGGGGUGAAGAGGAAAGCAGACACCACCACCCCCACAACCAUUGACUCCAUUCACGAGCCGCCCUCACUGGCCCCGGAGCCGAAGACCACCAAGCUGGGGCCCCCCCGGCGGGAAAGCACCCGGCCUGUGAAGCCCCCAAAGAAGGAUGUGCCCGACUCCCAGCAGCACCCGGCGCCCGAGAAGAGCAGCAAGAUCUCAGAGCAGCUCAAGUGCUGCAGCGGCAUCCUCAAGGAGAUGUUUGCCAAGAAGCACGCUGCCUACGCCUGGCCAUUUUACAAGCCCGUGGACGUGGAGGCCCUGGGCCUGCAUGACUACUGUGACAUCAUCAAGCACCCCAUGGACAUGAGCACAAUCAAGUCUAAACUAGAGUCCCGUGAGUACCGAGAUGCUCAGGAAUUUGGUGCUGAUGUCCGACUGAUGUUCUCCAACUGUUACAAGUAUAAUCCUCCUGACCAUGAGGUAGUAGCCAUGGCCCGAAAGCUCCAGGAUGUAUUCGAGAUGCGUUUUGCCAAGAUGCCAGACGAACCUGAGGAGCCAGUGGUGGCCGUGUCCUCCCCAGUGGUGCCGCCUCCCACCAAAGUGGUACCCCCCGCCUCCUCCAGUGACAGCAGCAGUGACAGUUCUUCGGACAGUGACAGCUCCACUGAUGAUUCUGAGGAGGAGCGAGCCCAGCGGCUAGCAGAGCUCCAGGAGCAGCUCAAAGCCGUGCAUGAGCAGCUCGCAGCCCUCUCGCAGCCGCAGCAGAACAAACCAAAGAAAAAGGAAAAAGAUAAGAAAGAAAAGAAAAAAGAAAAGCACAAAAAGAAAGAGGAAGUGGAGGAGAAUAAGAAAAGUAAAGCCAAGGAACUUCCUCCCAAGAAGACAAAGAAAAACAACAGUAACAGCAACGUGAGCAAGAAGGAGCCAGCACCCAUGAAGAGCAAGCCUCCUCCCACGUACGAGUCGGAGGAAGAGGACAAAUGCAAGCCCAUGUCAUACGAGGAGAAGCGGCAGCUCAGCCUCGACAUCAACAAGCUUCCUGGGGAGAAGCUGGGCCGCGUGGUGCACAUCAUCCAGUCCCGGGAGCCCUCGCUCAAGAAUUCCAACCCCGACGAGAUUGAGAUCGACUUUGAGACCCUGAAGCCAUCCACGCUACGUGAGCUGGAGCGCUAUGUCACCUCUUGUUUGCGGAAGAAAAGAAAACCCCAAGCCGAAAAGGUGGAUGUGAUCGCCGGCUCCUCUAAGAUGAAAGGCUUCUCCUCCUCCGAGUCAGAGAGCACCAGCGAGUCCAGCUCCUCCGACAGCGAAGAUUCGGAAACAGAGAUGGCUCCGAAGUCAAAAAAGAAGGGGCACCCUGGGAGGGAUCAGAAGAAGCACCAUCACCACCACCACCAGCAGAUGCAACCGGCCCCGGCUCCUGUUCCGCAGCAGCCACCUCCACCUCCUCAGCAGCCUCCGCCACCCCCGCCGCCACCACCGCAACAGCAGCAGCCGCCACAGCAGCCGCCACCACAGCCCCUACCCCCACCGCCACCGUCCUCCAUGCCACAGCAAGCAGCCCCGGCACUGAAGUCCUCGCCCCCACCCUUCAUCACUGCCCAGGUGCCCGUCCUGGAGCCCCAGCUCCCGGGCAGCGUCUUUGACCCCAUCGGCCACUUCACCCAGCCCAUCCUGCACCUGCAGCAGCCAGAGCUGCCCCCUCACCUGCCUCAGCCACCUGAGCACAGCACUCCGCCCCAUCUCAGCCAGCACACCGUGGUCUCUCCUCCAGCUUUGCACAACGCGCUGCCCCAGCAGCCAUCUCGGCCCAGCAACCGAGCAGCCGCCCUGCCCCCCAAACCUGCCCGGCCCCCAGCUGUGUCCCCUGCCCUGGCUCAGCCACCCCUUCUCCCGCAGCCCCCCAUGGCUCAACCCCCCCAGGUGUUGCUAGAGGAUGAAGAGCCCCCCGCCCCACCCCUCACCUCCAUGCAGAUGCAGCUGUACCUGCAGCAGCUGCAAAAGGUGCAGCCUCCCACGCCACUACUCCCUUCCGUGAAGGUGCAGUCCCAGCCCCCACCCCCCCUACCGCCUCCACCUCACCCCUCUGUGCAGCAGCAGCUCCAACAGCAGCCCCCACCACCCCCACCGCCCCAAUCCCAGCCACCACCCCAGCAGCAACACCAGCCCCCGCCUCGACCGGUGCACCUGCAGCCCAUGCAGUUCUCCACGCACAUUCAGCAACCCCCGCCACCGCCGGGCCAGCAGCCCCCACACCCACCCCCGGGCCAGCAGCCACCCCCGCCACAGCCCGCCAAGCCUCAGCAGGUCAUCCAGCAUCACCCCUCGCCCCGGCACCACAAGUCAGACCCCUACUCGGCAGGUCACCUCCGUGAAGCCCCCUCCCCGCUUAUGAUACAUUCCCCCCAGAUGCCACCGUUCCAGAGCCUGACACACCAGUCUCCACCCCAGCAAAAUGUCCAGCCCAAGAAGCAGGAGCUACGCCCGCCCUCGGUGGUCCAGCCCCAGCCCCUGGUGGUGGUGAAGGAGGAGAAGAUUCACUCACCCAUCAUCCGCAGUGAGCCCUUCAGCCCCUCCCUGCGGCCGGAGCCCCCCAAGCACGCUGAGAGCAUCAAGGCCCCAGUCCACCUGCCCCAGCGACCUGAGAUGAAGCCUGUGGACGUAGGGAGGCCUGUUAUUCGGCCCCCCGAGCAGAAUGCACCCCCUCCAGGGACCCCUGACAAGGACAAACAGAAGCAGGAACCGAAGACACCAGUGGCACCCAAAAAGGACCUAAAAAUCAAGAACAUGGGCUCCUGGGCCAGCCUGGUGCAGAAGCAUCCGACCACCCCGUCCUCCACAGCCAAGUCCUCUAGUGACAGCUUCGAGCAGUUCCGCCGGGCAGCCCGGGAGAAGGAGGAGCGGGAGAAGGCCCUGAAGGCUCAGGCCGAGCAUGCCGAGAAGGAGAAGGAGCGGCUGCGGCAAGAGCGCAUGAGGAGCCGAGAAGACGAGGACGCGCUGGAGCAGGCAAGGCGGGCCCAUGAGGAGGCACGCCGGCGCCAGGAGCAGCAGCAGCAGCAGCAGCGCCAGGAGCAGCAGCAGCAGCAACAGCAGCAGCAGCAGGCGGCCGCAGUGGCUGCGGCUGCCACGCCCCAGGCCCAGGGCUCCCAGCCCCAGUCCAUGCUGGACCAACAGAGGGACUUGGCCCGGAAGCGGGAACAGGAGCGGAGGCGCCGGGAGGCGAUGGCAGCUACGAUCGAUAUGAAUUUCCAGAGCGAUCUGUUGUCAAUAUUUGAAGAAAAUCUUUUCUGAGAGCACCGAGGUGACUUCUGACUGAUUUUCUGGCAAAACAUUGACUCUCCAUAGUGUUAAGGCGGCGGUGGAGGCGGUGGCAGCGGCCAGGUGUCCCUGGGCCUGGCCCUCCUGCAUGCUGUGCCCGGAGCAGGCCUGACGGGCAGCUGAGGGUCACAGAGCCCACCUGCCUUACGGACAGCCUGCUGCUGCCGCUCCGUACGGACGUCGGCUCAGCGCGCCUCGGCCCCAGCGAGUGCAGGCGGGCCCUCUCCCGCCAAAUGUCUGCGCAGUAUACACAGGACAUUGUUGCUGCUGCCCCUUGACUGGUUUGCUGCCCCUGAGAACGUGACGUCAUGACGCCUGCCCAUUGGGAGUCUCUGCACCCCAGCCUCACUCCUGCUCUCGGAGGCCAAGGCAGGCGCGUGUGGGCUGGAACGCGGGCACUGGCGUCCCUGCUGGCACUGACUUUGCCUUGAACAGACCCCUCCCCCACAAGCCUUUAAUCGAGAGCCGCUCUCUGUAAGUGUUCGCUUGUGCAAAAGGGAAUAGUGCCGUGGAGGUGUGUGUGUGUCCAUGGCAGCGCGGACCGAGGUGACCGUCCAUGUGUGGGCGGGCCUUGCCUGGGGUGAGGCCACCAACCAAAGUCAGUCCCUUCCCGCCUGUGUUUCUGUUUUUUUCUAUAUAUAUAUAUUUUUUGUUGUUGAAUUCUAUUUUAUUUUUAAUCCUCUCUUCUCCAGACACAAUGGCACUGCUUAUUUCCGAAAAGGUGUGAUCGUCUCAUGGUGCAGCGGCCCCACCGCGCUGUGGGUAGUGUGUGACCGUGGCUGUACUGUAUAGUGAACAUAGCUGGCAUCUUCCAAGUUUGUUGGUGACUCCACCAAACUGGUGUAAAAACAAAAUUUUUUUUUCCAAAAAAUUCCACCAAAAAAGAUCAAAACAAAAAUCCAACCACCUAUAUUUUACUCACACUUCAAACUCCAUUAAGUCUGUUUUUAAUUAUAAGUCCUGAAGGCUGCAACUUCUUUUCCUUUCCCUCAAUGCCCAUUUGUUGGCUUUUCUUUGUUUUUUAAUGUAAAGUCUUGUUUUUUUACCAAGAAAAGAAGGGCCUGGGGACAGGUAGCCCCAGGUGGUGAUGGGAUGCUGGAGGCUGCGGGCAGACUGGCCUGCCCAGGCCCAGCGCAGCCAGCCAGCCGCCGCUUCCCAGGCCACCUUGGUUGUGUUGUGUUUUGCUUUUAACUAAUGGAGCCCUUGGUGAGCUUACGUGUGCCAUGAGAACCCACUCUACACCACAACGCUGGUGCCGCGGUGUUGGCCAAACCCGGAGUCACUGACUGGCUUGACUUUCAUACGGUGAAUAUGCAUUUGGUCUGUACUGAUCAUGGAAUAAACACAUCUCUCUUUUUUAA